UGGCUGCGAAGUUAAAAGUGGUGCUUCACCUUUUUAACACAGCAGAAACAGAGCUCUCGUAUUCACUGUGUUGUUAGCAGUCCUGCUGAAACAUUCAAAGAGAAAGUCAUCUGAAAACAUGCAUGCGUUUACCGUUUUUUGUCCUAUGCUGCUGAUAUGGUCCUGCCACAUAAAGAAAAGUUGGUCCAAUGAGACUAGUGAUUACCAAUCCACAACAGAGUAUGAGUAUUCCACAGAGGUGGUGGAUUACAGCGGGCUUGAAUUCAUCUGCGAAAAGGGCUCCAACCGUACCUUUCGCACCUGGUUCCUGCCCACAAUCUACACGAUCAUCUGCCUCCUGGCUCUCGUGGGGAACUUUCUAGUCAUCCUAACCUACCUUUACUUCAAGAGGCUGAAGACGAUGACUGACGUCUACCUGCUCAAUCUAGCCAUGGCUGACCUGCUGUUUGCAAUUUCUCUCCCCUUCUGGGCUGCUAGUUUCAUGAGCAAGUGGCAUCUGGGUCUGUAUACAUGCAAGGCCAUGUUCACCAUCUAUAAGGUCAGCUUCUUCAGCGGCAUGUUCCUUCUCACCUGUAUCAGCGUAGAUCGCUAUUUCUCCAUAACGAAGGCCGUCUCUGCCCAUCGCUGUCGCUCCAGUGCAGUCUAUUACGGACAGGUGUCUUCUCUGGUCACCUGGGUGAUGGCGGUGAUCUUUUCGGUACCCGACAUGGUGUUCUCUGAAAUCAAUGUCAAUGGCACCUGUGUAUCAAGUGGCAGCAGCUACGAUGACUACCGCAUUAGGAUGCUGGUAAGUCAGAUGAUCCUGGGUUUUGUACUUCCAGCGCUCGUCAUUGGGUUCUGUUACAUCUGCAUCAUCAAGACCCUCAUGCAAGCCAAGAACUUUGAGAGGAAUAAAGCCUUCAAGGUUAUCAUUGCAGUGGUAGCUGUCUUUGUGGUCAGCCAAUUACCUUACAAUGUAGUCAUGGGAGUGACCACUCAGGAAACGAAGGAAUGCGACAAGGACAACAUUCGCCUUUAUGCCAUGGAUGUGACCAGGGCCGUGGCCUUCUUGCGCUGCUGUGUGAACCCAUUCCUGUACGCCUUCAUUGGGGUGAAGUUUCGCAAUGAUCUCCUGAAGCUAUUGAAAGACUUGGGAUGUCUCAAAAAGAGUCACCUCAUGUAUACACACUGCGGUAAACGAAGAUCUUCUGUCGGCCUCGACACCGAAACCACCACAACGUUUUCCCCCUGAAUGCUCGAGAACAGAUUCCAAAACAAAAAAAGUUUUGAAAAUUUACUUCAGUGGAAUAGUGGUAAAUCACCUCAUUGUCUCCAUUUAGAGAAAACUGGAUGACUGAAUGGUGACAUACUGGUGUACUGCAAAUUUUGUUAUGCAGUGACUUAUUGUACAAAAACUUCCUGCUUUGUAACAAUAAGCUUUUCACUUCUUGUUUUUGAUUGCCCUAUGAUAGAAGAAAUCGCUUUCACUCUAUGUGUUAUAUGAUGUAGCCAUUUGUCUUCAACAUCUUGACUUAAAAAUCAAUUGAAUGUAAAUGAGACAUUUUUUAACCUAGGAUAACCAUCCACUAUAAGCAACAUAAUCCUCUAUUAUGGCUGAACAGCUCUUUAACAUAUGCCUUCUUUAUUUUUUGUCUUGGUUGUUUUAAAACUGAAUAAAUCUACAUUUUUUAAAUAA